CAUCCCUCCCCCUCCCCCUCCCCCUCUCCCUCUCCCUCUCCCUCCCCUCUCGAUCCAAGCUGCGUCGCGGCGUUCUCUAAGCUCGGAUCCGGGGGAGGAGCUCUCCAUGGCGGAGGAGCUCUCGGCGGCGGCGGCGUCGUCUCCGGCGGAGGAGCUCUCGGCGGCGGAGGAGUGGCUGAGGAAGCUCUCGACAGCGGCAUCUAGGGUUCUGGCGGAGCCGCGACGACCGCGCCGUGUGGGUCACCGAGAAUCCCCUCUAGCACGCCCAGCUCUCCCUCGACGUCACCGAUCUCGACAUCAGAGAUCAUGGAUUUUGGAUACCCACAAAAUCUUUCACCUGAAAUAUUGAAGCUCUACAUCACUCAACAAGGAUUCCGUUCACCAUUUUCUUCCAAGUCCUCAGAUAGGCCUGUACCCAAUGCUACUCUACAAGUUACAGGUGCUGUCGGUUGGAGGCGUGAGGGUCUUGUUUACAAGAAAAAUGAGGUUUUUCUGGAUAUAGUUGCAAGUGUAAAUCUUCUUAUGUCCUCUAAAGGGAGUGUUUUACGUUGUGACGUGACUGGAAAGAUUUUGAUGAAGUGCUUCCUUUCUGGGAUGCCUGAUUUGAAACUUGGGUUAAACGAUAAACUUGGUCUUGAAAAGGAAGCCCAACUAAAGGCGAGGCCUACAAAAAGAUCAGCUAGAGCUGCGGAAAUUGAAGUGGGAAGCAAGACAUGCGGUGUUUGUUAUUUUUUUGCUACAUUUUGAACAAGUAUUUUUUGUUAGAACUUAUGUUUGAAAUUUAAUUUGAA